UGAUAAAGGGAAACAGCUCCCACCUGCACCAUUACAUUACUUCAAAAAAGAUGGUUCGCCUGUGUCCUGCCUCAGGUUUUUGACACUCCAAAGGAAGGUAUUUCUUGCCCAGGGUAGUCAAGAUGGAAAUCUAACGAUCUGGGACCUUGAGACUUGCAAGCAGAAAUUUUCUGUGGAGGCUCAUGGGUCUCCCUGUCAGGCAGUCUUGCAGCUGGAUGAAGGCCAGGUGCUCACACAGGGUAGAAAUGACUCCAUCUGCAUUUGGGACUUGGACCUGCCCAAGCCUGUCUCAACUUUCCCCUUCUUGCAUUAUGGCUUUUGCAAGGUAGUGCAAGUCGGCAACCUUGUGGCAUGCCCCGCUGAGCCCCCCUCAGCCGUCGCUCUACUGGACCCGCGCUCGGGUCGGGAUGGGGGCCGCCUCUCAGCGCCGCCCGAGCUCGGCACUGUGAUGCAGCUGUGCCCCCUGCCGGACGACACCCGCAGCCGCCUGGUGGCCGUGUACGAGUCCGGCGCGCUCCUGCUCUGGGAGCCGGGCGCCGCGGGGCCGGCGGCGCGGCUCCAGCUCACCAGCGACACGCCCAUGUGCGUGGACGUGGCUGCCGACGGCCGCGGCCUGGUCGGCACCUCCGGCAGCCGCGUGCCGACCUUCACCGUGACCGCCGACGGACUGGCAGCCGGACCGAGCUUCGAGCUCACGAACCCGGGCGCGGCGAGCGUGCGCGUACGCCGCGACGGCCGCGUCGCCGCGCUCGGCUGCUGGGAUCACCGGCUGCGCGUGAUCUCGUGGCGCAAGCUGCGCCUGCUCGCCGCGCUCGAGCACCACGGCAAGACGGUCGAGUGCGUGGAGUUCGCGCCGGCGCCGGUGCGCCUGUGGAAGGCCAACUCGCUGCUGGCCAGCGGCGGCGCUGACGGCACCGUGGCGCUGUGGAAGAUAUACGAUGACGCGUGACGCCUCGUGCCACGCGUUGUUCAGGAAGCUGUGAUACCCGUUCAAAGUGC